AUGAUUUUAUUAAAAAAUUUUUUUUUAAUUCUAUUUAUUAGUGGUCAUUUAAUUUUUAAAGGAAAUGGAAUUAAAUUAAAGUGUACUAGAUUUUUUGGCAAAAGACCACCAUGCUAUUUAUAUGUAGAUUUAAUUAAAGGAGAUUUUUUAAGUAAAGCUAAAUGUUGCUUGUCUUCUAAACUUUUAUAUGAAUUACAACAAAAAUCUAUAGCUAGCUAUUCAAGUACCAGAUAUUUAGAAGUAAUGAAUGGUUUUAUUAAAGGAAGAAUUGAUCAGAAAUCAACUAAACAAAUAUGCAGAAAUUUACACAUUAGAUAUCAUUAUCCAACAUACAUUCAUAUCUAUUCUGUCUAUCCAAGAACAACAGAAGAAAAAAGGCUAUAUAAAUACGUCCAUCCUUCAAGAUUUGAUUUUUUAAGAAUUUUUAGACGUUCUUGA